ACGUCGCCGCGUUACUCACCUGCGCCAGCGACAGUCUAUGACUCGACUUUGCCCAUUCCUGUUCUGCUAGCUCGCCAUCGCUCCCACAAGCACAUCGCUUUAUCACGCCCCCAUACGCGCUUGUGGCGUUCCCAACCGACUUCGAACAUCUUGUCAGUUGACUUGGCGAUCACUACACGCCCAGACGCGAUCCUCCCACGCCGUCCAGCCAUUCCGUGCAACCCGCCAAAACCACUGCGACCCGUCCAGACAACAAAACUAUACAAACAGAGAAGGCUGCGCUUUGAGCAGGUCCCGGACUCAACGCUCCAAUCCAGCAGCGCCCGGCAUGGCGACAAAAGGCAACAAGCAGCUCCCCCAUGAGCGGCGGAAAGGCGAGGCCGCGUUGAGCGAGUUCGCCGAUUUCGUCGAGAAACAGCAGGCUCUACGCUUCCCCCACAAGAAAGACGCCGCUGCGCCUCCGAGCUACGAGCACCACGACGAACUUGACAUACUAGACGAGCUGAACCUCGACGACACGGAGCCUCAGGCACCGCUACGCGACCUGCUACUGGCUCCAGAGGACUCGGGAAAGCUACAUAUACAGCUUGUGCAGCUCGUUGACGAUAGGUUGCAGGAGGGCCACGGCGAGGCCGUGUUCGACAUUGGCUUCGAGAACAACAACCAAUCCAUGCGUCUGACGAAGGACGAGUACGAGACGGCCCUCGCACGGUUACGAGCUGCGGCGGAUAAGAAUAAAGCGGCAUGCAAUGUGCUCCUGACGAACCACGUCCACGGCAGUGUGGAGGCCGAGUCCACGGCAGCAACCCCGAAGGAUGCCAAGGACCAGCAUUGCAGCGCCAAGAUCCUCCUACGACGGCAGCCGGCAUCAAUCGAGAACGUGAUCGAGACAAGAAUAGCUGUGGUGGGCAAUGUGGACGCGGGCAAGUCUUCCAUGCUUGGUGUCCUGGUGAAGGGCGACCUCGACGACGGCAGGGGCAGAGCUCGUGUCAACCUCUUCCGGCACAAGCACGAGAUUGAGUCUGGUCGUACCAGCUCUGUGGGCAUGGAGAUCAUGGGGUUCGACACCGCGGGCAACGUCAUCACGUCUGAUACUCCGGGGAGGAAGCUGUCUUGGGACGAGAUUGGGCGCCGAAGUGCGAAAGUCAUCACAUUCAGCGAUCUGGCCGGCCACGAGCGGUACCUACGCACCACUGUGUUUGGUCUGUUGUCGAGCAGCCCAAACUACUGUCUGCUCAUGGUCGCGGCAAAUAAUGGUCUCAUCGGUAUGAGCAAAGAGCACCUUGGCAUCGCGCUCGCAUUGAAUGUGCCGAUCAUGGUCGUCGUGACCAAAAUCGACAUCUGCCCACCGAACAUUCUCGAGCAGACGAUACAGCAGAUCACCAAGAUCCUGAAGUCUCCGGCAGCGAGGAAGAUGCCCAUCUUCAUCCGCAACCGCGAGGAGUGCGUCAAUACCGCGACUCAGUUUGUCAGCCAGCGGAUAUGUCCGAUCUUCCAGGUCUCCAAUGUUACUGGAGAGAACGUGGAUCUCGUAAGAACAUUCCUAAACAUUCUCCCGCAUCACGGACGAUACGACUCGGAUGCCCCGUUCGAGUUCCACGUCAACGAUACUUUCUCCGUCCCCUUCGUGGGAACGGUUGUCAGUGGUAUUGUCAAAUCGGGCGUCAUCCAUGCUGGUGACAACGUCCUCGUCGGGCCGGACUCUCUCGGGCAGUUCACUGCCACCAGUAUUCGAUCGAUCGAGAGGAAACGAAUAGGUGUGCCUGCAGCCUCGGCAGGCCAGUCUGCAAGUUUCGCGCUGAAGAAGAUGCGACGCAAGGAUGUACGGAAAGGCAUGGUCGUACUGCCAAAACUCGAGGGCCAGCCGAUGCCUCAGGUGUACCGCGAGUUCAUUGCCGAGGUACUGAUCCUGUCCCACGCAACCACAAUCAAAACCAAGUACCAGGCAAUGUUGCACGUCGGACCGGUCUCGCAGACCUGCGCCAUAAUUGACGUGGACCGUCCAUAUAUCCGCACAGGCGAUCGUGCGACUGUGGCUUUCCGAUUUGUGCAGAGACCAGAGUACUUGGCCAAAGGCGACAGGAUAUUGUUCCGCGAGGGGCGAACAAAAGGCUUGGGCAUCGUCUUGGCCGUUGGCUACGACCCGACGAAACCAUUGAUGGGUCGUGGACAGGAGGAGCAGGGUUCUGCGGAGUCUAACGGCCAGGCGGACUCUGCAGCCGAUGUGAAGCCCACAGCAGGAGUCCGCGUCGGCGCUUGACGCGCUGCGCAUGUCAUGACCGCACGUGAGGAUCGGGUUUGUUGAUUUCUAAUGAUUGUUUCUAUUUCUUUGGCAUGCGAUCAAAGUACUUUUCUUUUCUGAUUUUUCGUUUCCUUUGUUGGGACAAGUAUCACGUUCGGCUCCAUGAGUCGCAACAUCUGAAGUUCUGGAGUCAUUGUGUCCUCACAUUUGCAUAUCUGAUUCCCCAGAAUGGUUUGAUCAAAGCAAAAAGUUAUAUGAGAGCAUAUAUAUACAUGUCUGCUAUUGAUGGAUGACUACAUCUAAUGCAAUUGACACGAGCUAUUCUGACA